AUGGAGUCUGAGGCGCCGAUGCCCAUUGCUAUCGUGGGCAUGUCGUGCCGCCUGCCGGGCGACGUGUCUUCGCCGGGCGACUUCUGGAAGCUGUUGACUAAGGGCCGAAGCGCGUGGUCUAAGAUACCCAAAGGUCGCUUUAAUCAGGAGGCCUACAACCACCCCAAUCCAGAGAAGAAGGGCACAAUCAACUCACAAGGGGGAUACUUCGUAUCUCAGAACCUGGAAAUGUUCGAUCCUGGAUUCUUUGACAUGACGCGCAAGGAGGCCGAGACCAUGGAUCCUACGCAGAGACUCCUCCUCGAAUGCUCGUACGAAGCUCUCGAGAAUGCUGGCAUUCCUAAGGAGUCUAUCUCGGGGCGGAGAGUCGGUGUAUUCAUCGGUGGCUCCGACAAUGAACAUAGGAUGGGCAAUCUUAGAGACCUGGACGACGCGCCCAUGUUCGACCCUACCGGUAGCCAAGGGGCGUUCUUGGCAGGACGAAUAUCGUACUUCUUGAAUUUGUGCGGACCUACCGUCACUCUCGAUACGGCAUGCUCAUCUAGUAUGUAUGCGUUACACAUGGCUGUUCAGAGUAUACGAUCAGGGGAGUCUGAGCAAGCUAUUGUCGCGGCUUCUCAUCUCAUCACACAACCUGAUGUCUGGGUAUCUAUGGCUAAACUAAGAUUGUUUGCCGACUCGGGAAAAACUUACGCAUUCGAUCACCGCGCCAAGUCCGGAUAUGCAAGAGGCGAAGGGGCAGGGUGUUUGAUCCUUAAGCCGUUACAUAAGGCGCUGGAGGAUAGAGACUAUGUUAGGGCCGUCAUUUCUCAUACGGGAGUUAGUCAUAAUGGCAGAACAGUUGGCAUCGUUGCGCCUAGCUCCGAAGAGCAGGAGUCGUUGUUACGAAACGUGCUUUCGCAAGCCAACAUCGAUGCCAAGGAUAUCGGAUUUUUUGAGGCUCACGGAACUGGUACUAGAGUUGGAGAUCCUAUAGAAGCCAAGGCCAUAUACAAGGCACUAAGCCGGAAGCUAGAUGGAUGCAAACCGUUAAGUAUUGGGUCAGUGAAAUCGAAUAUUGGUCACCUUGAAAACGCAAGCGGCAUUAUAUCGGUCAUGAAGGCCGCCCUUAUGCUGGAAAAGGGGUUUAUUGUACCGAAUGCCGACUUCGAGAAAGAAAAUCCAGCCAUUCCCUUAUCCGAAUGGAACCUAAAAAUCUCUCAAAGGCAGCAGCCAAUUCCUCGAGACAAGAAGUAUAUAUGUGUAAAUAACUUCGGGUAUAGCGGAUCGAACGCGCAUGCAGUACUUAAGGCACUGCCGGAGGAGAACGAAAUCGAGUUUCUGGACGCUAACAAGUUCGAAGGCCAUAUCAAAAUGAAAAGAUUAUUCGUGAUAAGUGGAAACGACGAGGCCGCCGCGAGGAAGAGUAUGGAGCAGCUGGGCAUUUUCCUCGAGCAGCACGCGGAGCUUUAUCAAAGCACUAUGCCUCGAAACCUAGCCUACACAUUAUGCCAACGGCGUUCUCAACUACCGUGGCGUAUCGCUUUGGUGGCCGACAUGUGUAGCAAAUUAGCAAUAGCCCUCAACGGCGAAGUAGCACCAAAGCGUGCGCCCUCCAAGCCACCAAAGCUCGCUUUUGUCUUCACCGGACAGGGUGCACAGUGGUAUGCCAUGGGUAGAGAGUUAUUGGGGUCCCACGCCGUAUUCGCAUCAGCCAUCCAGAGAGCCGAUAAGCACCUCCUAUCCAUUGGGGCCGACUUCUCGUUGCUAGAGGAGCUGAUGCUGGAUGACAAAGAUUCGCGUGUUGGCUUGGCCCAUAUCAGUCAGCCGAUCUGUAGUGCUAUUCAACUUGGACUGGUAGAUCUCCUGGCAUCGUGGGGAAUCAAACCUUCGGCGGUCAUUGGCCAUUCUAGCGGGGAAAUUGGCGCGGCAUACGCAACUGGAGCUCUGACGCUAGAAGCGGCGAUGUCUGCAGCGUACUAUCGUGGUCAGGUAAUUAUCGACUUGAAAAAGAAUUUUCAAGAUGUUCGAGGUUCGAUGAUGGCGGUAGGUAUAGGCGCCGAGGAGUUGCAGCCCUUCUUGAAACAGAUACGAGAUCCAUUUCAAGCAGUAGCAGCUUGUGAAAAUUCACCUAGUUCGACAACCGUAUCGGGAGACGCCGAAGCUAUCGAUCAACUUUCCGAUAUGAUGGCGAGCAAAAAGAUUUUCAAUCGCAAGCUCUUCGUCGAUGUUGCCUACCAUAGCCCGCAUAUAAAACUAGUUGCUGAGACAUACUAUAACAUGAUCGCAGAUGUCGAGUUAAGAAGAGGUGAUGACGAGGUCGCGUUCUUCUCUUCUCUUCAUUCUCGCAAGAUUGCUACCGACGAGCUUGGCCCGCAGUACUGGGUGGACAACCUCACAAAUCCAGUACGUUUCACGACCGCAUUACAGUUGCUUUGCGAAGAAAGCGAACCCGAUAUUCUCAUAGAGGUCGGCCCACAUGCCGCUCUCAAAGGCCCUAUUAUGCAGACUCUCAAGACUCUCGGGCAGCCAGCUUCUAAAAUACCGGCAUAUAUUCCAACCCUUGUACGAAGCCGUGAUGCUACUGAGACAACUCUUGAGCUCGCUGGCCAGCUUUUCAUUCGCGGGUACGAGGGCAUCGAUUUCUUUAACAUCAACCACAGACGUUCUGAAAUAGAGAAGCCCGACAUUGUUCCCUUUCUCUACACAUAUCCGUGGUCGCGCCAGCAUUGUUGGUACGAAAGUAGGAUCACACGACAGCACCGGCUCAAGCCGUUUGCACGCCAUGACCUGAUUGGAACGUUGACUGAUUGGAGUAGCGACCUGGAGCCGACGUGGCGCAAUUUCAUCAGGCUAGAAGAACUUCCAUGGUUACGUGAAUAUCGCAUCAACGAUCAAGCUGUAUUCCCAGCAUCCGCCUUCAUCUCUAUGAUUGUAGAGGCAGCUAGUCAACGAGCGGCAAUUAAGGGGUUUGAAGCGAGUAGCUUUGACCUGCGAGACAUCGUUAUCCCUGACCAAUUAUUUCUAGCUGAUGAUGAACCAGUUGAACUCCUAGUGAAUUUUAGGAAGCACGCCGCAUCUCAGACAGGAUGGGAUGAAUUCCACAUUUCUAGUUUCGAGUCUAAGCGAGGAUGGUUGGAGCAUUGUCGCGGUUCCGUUGAGAUAAAACCCCCGCGAAGGAAUAAUGCGGUGGUUUCCCGUCCUAAGGAAUAUUUCAAUCCAAAAUCGGAGGGGAAUGAAAUAUCAAUGCCCGCAGCAGGCUUCUAUUUCAACCUCAGUUCUGGUGGUAUUAGCUAUCCUCAUACCUUUUGGAAUUUGGUUAGUGUCAAGAUGGGCGCGUAUGGAGUUAGCGGUCAAGGUGCUCUCCAGGAUACGAAGCUUAUUAUGCCUUUAGCAUAUGAGUCUUCGUAUAUAGCCCAUCCGGCCACGCUAGAACCCCUUAUUCAAGUGUCGCAGGCCAGUCUGGGAUUUGACGGAGAUGCAGACCCACAGCUACCAUCUGCCAUCAAACAGGUCCAUAUCGAUGUCAGCGAUGACUGGGAGAGGAGCUUUGGGUCCAAAUUCAUUGUCCAAUCCUCAAAAGACACCAAAUCCGGGACAUUCCUAGCCGAAUUGUUCUCGCCAAUGGAGAGCGAGUUGUCCACCGUCUCUAUGUUAGGAUUAGAGCUCACAUCGCUCAAGACUGCUGCUCCUGAGCCACCCAAGCCUAGAGAGCUGUGCUAUAAGAUACAGUGGGAACAAGCUGAAGCACGGCAUGCCAAUGGUGUGAGCCACGCGCAUAUCAAGACCCACGGAGAACGUGUUACGGUGGUGACAGAGCGUACUCGAGACGACACACUGGUGGCAUCGCUUUGCGCAGUUAUCGAGGCACAUUCUGGAAUCUCUCCCGAUAUCUCAGGUUUGACCCAAAUCAGCAAUUUUAACGGCUUUUUUGUCGUCCUCUCGGAGCUUGACCGUCCUGUUCUAGCCUCGGUAAAUAAGGCGGAGUUCGAGAAGGUCCAGAAUAUAUUGACACAAGCCGGAGGUAUCCUAUGGGUGACAUGUGGCGCAUCUAAAUUCUCUAUGAAUCCAAGUACCAAUAUGAUUUUAGGUCUAUUUCGCACGGUACGAUCGGAACUUGGAAAGAUGGCUAUUACGCUAGACCUCGAUCCAGAUAGCACUCUGGACGUCGAAGGCCAAGCGGCAUUGAUUGAAGAUGCAUUUAGGCGAACAGUACUAGCGGAUAAUCCUGAAGCCGAGGUUGAGUUCGCCGAGCAAGGUGGAGAUCUAGUCGUGCCUCGUUUUAUCGUUGACGAUGAUAUGAACCUCCGACUUCAUCGUGAGCUGGGAAAAUCUGAGCCAUACCUCCAAUCAUUUCGCCAGCAUGGACGACAGUUGCGAGCUACUGCCCAAGCCGAUAGUUCUCUUGACACACUUUACUUUGAAGAUGUUUCCUUUAACGAGAACUUGGGUAAAGACCAAGUUGAGAUAGAGGUUAAAGCUAGCAGGCUGAGCCAAGACGACAUUUCGGCACAUCUAGAAAUCAAUACGUCUAGCGAGCCUGAAAGAUCAUGUAGCGGCGUUGUCACUCGCGUCGGCCAGGAUGUUGUCAAUCUUGGCAUCGGGGAUAGAGUUUGUGUGUUGGGAGGUGGCCGGCUGAGCACACACAUCUCUGUAGCAGCUAACGGCGCCGUCAGGAUUCCGGAAGGAAUGAAUUUCGAGGAUGCGGCAAUGAUACCAUCGGCAUUCGGCACAGCAUUUUAUGCACUAUCACAAGUCAUCCGCGUUCGAAAAUCGGAACGUGUGCUCAUCCAAAUAAACGACGCUAAGGGAUUGGCAGCAAUACAAAUUGCACAAGACCUUGGCGCCAAUGUGUUUGUUGCAAUCCAUGGUAGCGAUAGAAAGGAGUUCGUUGUGAAGUCAUUUGGUGUCAAGUGCAGGAACGCCUUCGACACAACCAGCAUCUAUUUUAGCCGGGACAUACAAGACGCUACUAGAGGAGCUGGGAUGGAUGUAGUGCUCACCAGCUCAUCCGGGUUGUCAGCGGCGGCCGAUACCUUGGGUAAGGUUUGGGCAAGUAUUGCGCCCUUUGGACGUAUCGUCCACAUGCAAGGAGCACUCCAUGAUCACCUUGACGGUUGGAGCGCCAGAUCAGACCUUGCCGAAAACAUAAGCUUUACGACAAUCAAUCUGCUGAAUCUAGCUACUACCCGCCCGCGGCUUAUGAGGGAUAUCCUCCGGGAUGUUGUAGGGUGUUUUUCGAGGGGCACUCUAAAGCCACUAAGGAAGCUGGUGGUAUUGCGAAUGGGCGAAUUGGGCAGGGGCUUGCAAAUGAUCCAACAAGGCGUUCUGCACCCUAUUGUAGUUUCUGCUUGGAGGGGCGACAUGGUAAUGGCAUUGCACUAUGCAUCUAAGCGCUUUCUAAAUUGCGAAGGGACUCAUAUCAUCAUCGGCGGCACUGGCGGAUUAGGACGCAGUAUGGCUAGAUGGAUGGUCGAACACGGUGCUCGACACAUCGUACUUUUAUCGAGGAGCGGAGGCAAUGUCGAUAAACUAAAGGAACUCAUCAGCGAUACUCGGGGCAGAGCCAAUAUAACUGUCAAGGUAUGUGAUGUCGCUAACGAAGAAGAUGCUUACCGGUUGGUGAGGGAACAUGUCGAAACACUUCCACCGAUAUGCGGUGUAGUCCAUGCCGCAAUGAUGCUUCAUGACGGGCUGAUAGAAGAAAUGAGCCACGAGUCGUAUGUUUCGGCAACUCGAGCUAAAGUUAAAGGUACCUGGAACAUCCACAAUGCGCUCGAGUCUGUCAAUGCACGGCUUGACUAUUUUGUCCUCUUAUCGAGCGUUGCGGGCAUUGUUGGCAGUCGUGGUCAAGCCGCGUAUGCCGCGGCUAACACUUUUCUUGAUGGGUUUGCCUCUUGUAGAGCAGCGCAAGGCCUACCUGGGGUAUCCCUUGACCUAUCAGUCGUAACUGAUGCGGGUUACAUUGCUGAGAAUGCAGGGCGAAAGGACGAGAUCAGUAAGAAUUUUGGCGGACAAUCAAUUUCCGAAGCUGAGGUUUUGGCCCUUUUGGCCGUGGCCACAUCCGGCAAUUGUGGCGCUCAGUGCCUGACCGGUCUGAAGCUCGUUCCAAACAACACGGGCGCUUUGCCUUACUAUGCGGAGGAUCCACGGUUCAAGCAUCUUAAAGCGGAGGCAGCUGCUUUGAUACGAGCUGCGGGCCAAGACUCAGGGCAAGCCGUAUCGUAUAGAAAUGCAUUCCGUGCUGCAGCUAGCAACGACGAGGCUCGUCAAGUUGCCAUACAGGGCGUGCUACAGAAGCUAUCCGAGGUUUUGUCAGUCGCACGCGAGGAUGUAGAUGCUCAGCGUAACAUGGCAUCGUAUGGUUUAGAUUCCUUGACGGCGAUUGAUGUACGCAAUUGGAUUACGAGAGAGCUUGGUGCGACUCUUGAGAUUCUAGAGUUGUUAACAAGUACGAAUGUGACGGAUUUGGCCGACUUGAUUGUUUCGCGGACGAAGGCAUAGUUUUCUGAAAGCUGUUCAUUUCCUAUUGAAUCUCAUAGAUAGAUAGAUACUGGGUAGAUAGACAAUAAUGUUCAUCAUACGAUUGAGAUGAGCGAAGCGUAAGAUAGUUAAGUUUUGCCUUUAAGAUUAAAAGUAAGGUAAUGAGUGCGAGGUGUGACUAUUAGAAGAAGGUUGAUGGAGCGAAGAGUGAGUGUGGACGGAGGCACCUGC